GGUUGUAACUCGAAAUAUUCAAUAAUCUCGGAAGCAGUUUAUGCGCUGGACGUCUCACGGCCAAGCGAGCAAAAAAGCCAGUGUUUUACAGGAAAAGGAGGGGGCCGUUUCUCAGUCGGACCCGCUGACAGCUCGACUGACCAGCAGCGAUGAGCUUCUUUGGCUUUGGUCAAAGUGCGGACAUCGAUGUAGUUCUGAAUGACGCCGAAACCAGAAAGAAAGCGGAGCAUAAAAGCGAAGACGGCAGGAAGGACAAGUAUUUUCUCUUCUACGACGGGGAGACGGUGUCGGGGAAAGUCAACGUGACGCUCAAGUACCCGGGAAAGAGGCUCGAGCACAACGGCGUCAAGAUCGAGUUUAUCGGCCAGAUAGAGCUGUACUACGACAGAGGGAACCACCACGAGUUUGUGUCUCUCGUGAAGGACUUGGCUCGGCCAGGGGAGCUCACACAGUCCCAGACGUUUGACUUUGAGUUCACGCACGUGGAGAAACCCUACGAGUCUUACACCGGCCAGAACGUCAAACUACGCUACUUUCUGAGGGCGACAGUCAGCCGGAGACUUAACGACAUAAGCAAAGAGCUGGACAUCGUGGUGCACACACUCAGCAGCUACCCCGAGCUCAACUCCUCCAUCAAGAUGGAAGUGGGGAUCGAGGACUGUCUGCACAUCGAGUUUGAGUACAAUAAAUCCAAGUAUCACCUCAAAGAUGUGAUCGUGGGGAAGAUUUACUUCCUGCUGGUGAGGAUCAAGAUCAAACACAUGGAGAUAGACAUCAUCAAGCGGGAGACGACCGGCACGGGGCCGAACGUCUACCACGAGAACGACACCAUAGCGAAGUAUGAGAUCAUGGACGGUGCGCCGGUCAGAGGAGAGUCCAUCCCCAUCAGGCUGUUCCUAGCGGGCUAUGAGAUGACACCCACCAUGAGGGACAUCAACAAGAAGUUCUCGGUGCGGUACUACCUGAACCUGGUCCUCAUCGAUGAGGAGGAGAGGCGCUAUUUCAAACAGCAGGAGAUCACGUUGUGGAGGAAAGGCGACAUCGUGAGGAAGAGUAUGUCUCACCAGGCCAUCAUCGCCUCGCAGCGCUUUGAAGGCUCCUCCAAUCCGGAAAAGACCCCGACCCAGAGCAACGAAGAGGACGACAGCUAAAUCCCAGCAUGCACCUCACCCAGCGAGUGCCGGAGCGAAUGCAACACGGAAGCUGUCUGCGAGUUCUCUGUCUCUCUGUCUCUCUGUCUGUCUGUCUGUGUGUGUGUGUGUGUGUGUGUGUGUGUGUGUGUGUGUGUGUGUGUGUGUGUGUGUGUGUGUGUGUGUGUGUGUGUGUGUGUGUGUGUGUGUGUGUGUGUGUGUGUGUGUGUGUGGAAAUAUGACUGUCUGUCAAGGGAACAAACAGUCCGACUCAGACUGUAGUUGCAAGUAAUUCUGUUUGUUUUAAUCACCUUGAAGUACCAGCUGGGUGGCGUUUACCACAUUAAGACUGAUUGCAAAGUGCUUAAUUAAACCUUUAUGGCAGUUCAGUGGGGAAAACUUCACCCAAUAGAUGCACUUAAAUAUAAUGUACAAAUACUGGACGACCAAUGUAUGUGUGUGUGUACAGUAUGAGAGCCACCACAGGUGCAUUUCUAACAACCUUUCAUUCUAACUACUUACUCGGCUGGAAGAAACGGUAGGUUUCUAAAAACGGUAGGUUAAUAAUAGAACUUACAGUACAUCUCUGUAUGUCUCCUCAGAAGACUGUGACAUUCAUUUAUUUAAGCUCCACUGCCAUGCCCCUCUCACUUGCUUCUAAUUUAAAAAAUAUAUUUGGUUAUAAAGAAAAGAGCAACGACAGAAAAAAACAAGUACAAGACUUUAAAAAGGCUCUUCAUUUACAUAUUUGUAUCAGAAAAAUAUUUUCAUACAUUCCGAGGCUCUCAUCAGUAAUAGGCAUGACUCUAGAGUAUUUAUUUUUGAACAAAGUUCCUCAUCUUUGAACCACGAACGUGGCACUUUUCUUCCAUCACUAUAGCCGUCUCAUUACUUAGAAGCUCUGCUCUCUUAUUUGCACUAUCAAUCUAAUUCUGCUCCUGCUGUGUGCUCGUGGCAUCGCUUGACAUGGAACACGGACAGUAUUAAACCUGUGUUUAGUGAUGUGCUCGAGUCCCGCCUCUGGAAGGGAAGGCUCACCUCAUAUUUUCCCCUCUUAUCUUGUAGUGCUAUUUAUCAAUUUAGAUUGAUUUUGGCCCUCGGCUUCUGGUGCUAAAAGUGCCAAAACAAUAAUGCAAGGUUGGUGGUUCAUCUUGAGUAACCGGGGUGACUCAUGCGGCUCACGUCAAAACAUCUAGAUUGAUAAAUGGAUCGACAGGUAAGAGGACAAAUAUGUGUUGUUGAUGCUGAACUGUCCCCAUAAUGAGCUGUCGUGUCUGACAGCCCUGUGUGGCUAGCUUUGUGCCUCCGGGUUUAUUGCCAAAAACGUGACAGUCCGUUUAGACUGCGCUCAUCACUUUUCAUGACAUGGAAAAUGGGUGCCAAGUUUUAAAGAGAAAAAAACAAAAUGCACCUCUGUCAUAUUGAGUCCCAAACUCUUUAACGUUAUCAAAACGAGCAUAAUCCGUUUAGAUUGUUGCUGCUUGUGGUUAGUGAGAGCAGAUCAUUGACAUCCUGUUCCAUUCCUCCUCUAUUCUGGAGCUGAGCCCCUACUUCACCCUGGCCUGCUUGACGAGCUCUCGCUUUGCAGCUUCUUCGCAAAAUAAAUCUAUCACUGUGUGUCAAUGUUAAAGUUUAAGACCUUUUUCUAGUCCAUACUUUUACCGGCAGAGGAAGGUCAACUUUUAGCAUGCUGCUGUUGUGCUGAAGCGACAUGUCCGCUGUCGACAGACUAACCCCUAAACCUGCUAGAAUAUAGGAUGCUGAUUUAGUUUCCUGGAGCUUCACGUAGGGUUUCCUUCAUCAGAGAUUCUUCCUUUGGCAUCUUAAUGGUGGUGGCAGAAUUUACUCCACAAUCUCUACUUGAUUUUUAAUAAUGGAUUGUACAAGAAUAAUCUGAGGGAGUGGGUGGGGGGGGGUUUGACGCUGCCUUCCCUUUGCAAAUUAUGACCAUACUCUCCAUUGCUAACGCCUGAGCUCAACCCGGAUUUCACGCCUAAUAUGUUAACAGCCCAAAUCCAGAUUUCUUGUAAAACAUAUCAAACUGUGCUUUCUGUUUACGGAGCAGUUAUUACCACUGUCCCUCUGUUAGCGGAUAAGAGGCAGCACUGUGGCAUCUUUCAGGUUGAGGUUGGGUUGUGCCUAACAUGCUUGAUAUACUUUUCACAUUUCUGUGGAGGGAUCCCGACGUGCUUGCAGUCCUUGGAGUGAUGUUGUCUGAACAGUCACGGUUUAACCCCGACUAACUGUCAGAUCCACAUCUCCUGACAGCCUGGGCCUACUAGCCAAUAGAAAACAGAGACGUGGACAUAAACCCUCCUUUCUGAUCUGUGGUGCACACAAACUGAUCUAACAAUGAAAAUGAAGUGAAAUACAGAUAUUGGGGUUUGGAUCAUUCCGAUCCUAUUUUUCUUCCAGUCCUGAAGUUGUAGUGAAUGUAUUAGGCAUCAUGUCCGGCGUCCUUCAUGUUGACUGUGGCCUCCAUUGACACAGUAUCACUUCUCUGAUAUCUGUUGAAGGAAAAAGGAAAAAAAAAGUGUCUUUUUUCCUUGUUCCUUUUUAGAGUGCUGCAGAAAUGGGUCUGCUUUUUUUUCUUUCUUGCAUGUCUGGUUCCCUUGUCUCAAAUUCAUUGUUUUGCGUUUUUUUUCAUGUUUUUGUUUAGAUGCCUGAAAUUAUGUCUGUGGUUAACACAAGCUAAAGAGAUUUUUGUGUUUUGUCCGUGAAUUCUGUGUCUUAAAAAAAGGAGGUUGCUCACAAGUCUCCAAAUGAGGGGACUAGACGUCCUCACUGGAGCACUCCUCCUUUAUCUGGCGGUGGUGUUGCUCCUUCAUAGCCUGACGAUAGCUUUUUAUUUGUGGUUUCUGCAUUCACGCUUCACGUCUGUUUGCCGCAGAGCUUAUUUCCUACAAUAAUCCCAAAAGAACACCCCCAUUGGCUCUUAGUGGAGGGAACCCAGUGUGACGCUGACUUCCUGCUUGGCCUGCUUCACUCUGAUGUGGCUGUGAUUGUAACUGUAGCAGCGCUGGUACAGACACACACUAACCAAACUAACCCAGUGAGUGAAGUGAGACCGAAACGGGAACGAAUGAUGACAUGUACAGUGUAAAUGCACAAUGUAAAUGCAAUCCUCUUCUGCUUUUUGUUUAUUUUCAUGUCAUAUAUGAUCUCCCUGUCUAUAAAUGUGGAUUUUAAUCAUUUUA